AAGCAAAAGGAUCAAGUCACAGCACUCCCACUGACAUUCACUCUGAGUCUCAGUGUCUCCCAUAUCUCUCCUGCAGAAACACUUGGACGCACACUCUUCACCGAGUUUAAGAGCAAAGAAGUAAAUAUUUGACCAUACUUCACCUCACAGGAGAGAAGAAAGAGACAGAGGGAGAAGAACUGGAACCUUUCUCUUUUUCUUUUUGGACGGGACUUUGAACUUGGCCACAGGGACAAAGAUUUUAUUUAACCCAGGUGGAUACCUAGCAAAAGAGGAAAUACUUUUCUUUCUUCCUAACCACUGGACUUUUGCACUUGGACUGAGCGCCGACACUCUUAAGAGCGGGGAGAUGGGGAGUUGGUCAUUACAGUGCUUGGCGGGACUCGGUCUUCUCACCGUCCUGCUGACCUGCUCUUCUGCUCAAGCCCAAACAGCGCACUACUGCCUUGCCUCACAAUACGGUUCCUGCUCAGAGUGUCUGCAGGCAGGCCAAGGCUGUGCAUACUGCACUGAAGAGACCUUCAAUGGUCCUCGCUGUGACCUGUAUAAGAACAUCCUCGUCCGCGGUUGCAACGCUGCAGCUGUCAUUACAGCUGAAAGCAGUCUUGAUAUAGAGCAAAAAGACAGCAUUAACGUGAACCUUCAGCAGUCUCAGGUGUCACCACAGCAAGCAAGCAUUACGUUUCUGCCUGGAGAGACAAAAGUGAUGGAUGUGCAGGUGUUUGCUCCAGUUAAAGGCCCUCUGGAUCUUUAUAUUCUUAUGGACUUCUCAAACUCCAUGCAGGAUGAUUUGGACAACCUGAAGAAAAUGGGCAAUGAGCUGGCUGUGGUUGUGAAAAAGCUUUCAGAUGACUACACCAUUGGGUUUGGAAAGUUUGUGGACAAAGUGAUCGAACCCCAGACUGACAUGAGACCUGUCAAGAUUGCUCAGCCUUGGCCCAACAGUGAUCCUCCGUUCUCUUUUCAAAAUGUCAUCAAGUUGACAAGUGAUGUAGACUCCUUUAUAAGUGAGCUCCAAAAGGAGAGGAUAUCUGGCAACCUGGAUGCUCCUGAAGGAGGAUUUGAUGCAAUUCUACAGGCAGCAGUGUGUGAGGAACAGAUUGGCUGGCGCAAACACAGCACUCAUCUCUUAGUUUUCUCCACUGAGUCAGCCUUUCACUACGAAGCUGAUGGUGCCAACGUGCUAUCAGGUAUUCUGCCACGCAACGACGAACACUGCCACCUAGAUGGAGAGGGCAAAUACACAGAGGCUACAAACCAGGAUUACCCUUCGAUACCCACACUGGUCCGUCUGCUGGGAAAACAUAACAUCAUCCCCAUAUUCGCAGUCACUAACCACUCCUACACUCACUACAGUAAAUUGAAAGAAUAUUUCCCCAUUGCUGAGGUUGGUUUGCUUCAAGAAGACUCAUCCAAUAUCCUGCAGGUCAUGGAGGAUGCCUUUAAAAGUAUCCGCUCUAAGAUGAGCAUCCGUGCUGAGGACAGACCUAAGGCUUUUGAGGCUCAGUUUCUGUAUUCAAACAAUACAGUAGCCGAUUAUGGAGCCUUUAACUUCAACCCUGGAGCAGUUGGCCGCUUCAAGGUAAAGCUCAAAGCCCAACAAAAGAUUGAUGAAAAACCUGUCUGCCAAAUGGAUUCAGCUGACAAAGGAGGUACAAUCAGAGUCAAACCGACAACCUUCAAUGCUGCGCUCAAAGUGAAAGCCUCCAUUUUGUGUCUAACCUGUGAUUGUGAGAAGACACCUAUUCCAAAAGCGGAAACAUGCAAUGGAAAUGGAAAAUUGGUGUGCGGGAAAUGUCAGUGUGAUGAUGGCUGGCUGGGUACUUUCUGUAACUGCUCAAAAACCUCUCACUUAAACAAGAACCAGUGCAUUGGCCCUAAUACGACAGUGUCCUGCUCAGGCCUUGGAGACUGUCAGCCAUGUGGGACCUGUGUGUGCUACAAUCCAGACCAGUAUGAAGGUCCCUACUGUCAGUACGACAAGACCCAGUGUCCACGAUUUGCAGGCAUCCUUUGCAAUGAUCGUGGUUCUUGCGUGAUGGGUCGUUGUGCUUGUUCAGAUGGCUGGGAGGGUGCUGCCUGUGAGUGCUCCAAAAGCAAUGACACCUGCCUUGACAGCAAAGGGAAUAUUUGUGGUGGCCGAGGGAAAUGCGUAUGCGGCAGCUGUAAGUGUCCAGACUCCGAGAUCGAGAUGUCCUCAGCCUGUGAGCCAAACUUCCAGUUCCAACUGGGUUCGUGUGAGGUUACAAGGAGCUGUGUCCAGUGUCAAGCCUGGAAGACAGGAGAAAAGAAAGACAAAGCAGAGUGUGACCGGUGUCCGUUCCAAGUUAUCAUGGUGGAUAAACUUAAAGAACGGGAGAAAGUGCUUGACUAUUGCAGUUUCCGCGAUGAGGACGAUGACUGUACAUACCAGUACACUGUUGACACCAGUAAAGAUGCCACAAAUAAUGAGCUGCUGGUUGAGGUGCUCAAAGAGAGAGACUGUCCACCAGCUAGUCUGCUGUGGCUGCUGCCGCUCAUCCUAUUCCUCCUGUUGCUGUUGGCGCUCCUGCUGCUCUGCUGCUGGAAAUAUUGUGCGUGCUGCAAAUCCUGCUUGCAGAGCUGUCUUGCCUUGUUGCCGUGCUGCAGGAGAGGUCGCAUGGUUGGCUUUACGGAAGAUGAGUAUUUGCUCCGUCAGUCUCAGCUGACCUCAAACCAUUUGGACACACCAAUGGUGAGGACCGGUCCACCUAAAGGAACUGAUGUGGUUCGAUGGAAAGUCACAGAUAACGUGCACCGUGCGCCCAAUCACCCCCAGGCGCUGAUACAACCAAACCCAGAUGAAAUGAUCCAGUUCCCAAUCUCCCUUCGACUAAACAGGUUGUUCUCUGAGAACCUGUCUCGACCUGAAUCAAGAGACGCUGAGCAACUCCGUAAAGAAGUGACUGAUAACUUAAAUGAGGUGUACAAGCAGAUUCCUGAGGCACAGAAUGUGCAACAGACAUUAUUCAGACUGCAAAAAAAUGCUGGAAAAAGGGAGGACUACACCAUCAUGGACACUGUACUGUCAGCACCAAGGAGAACCUACCCAGAUAUAGUCAAACUUACUGAGAAGAACGUUCAGUCUGGAAACUUUGGCGACCUCAAAGUGGUCCCGGGGUACUAUACUGUGGCCACUGACAGAGAGGCUGCAGGAGCUGUAGAGUUCCAAGAGAAUGUGGAGUCAGUGGACGUUCACGUGCCGCUGUUUGUCAAGGAUGACGAUGAUGACAAGAAACAGUUGCUAGUGGAGGCCAGGGAUGUGCCGCUGGGCAUUGCAGAGAUUGCAAAGCGCUUUGUUAACAUAACUAUCAUCAAAGAGCAUGCCACAAGCGUCUUCUCAUUCCUUCAGCCAAAAUACACAUACAGCAGACAGGAUGGUGUGGCAAACAUCCCCAUCAACAGAGAGAUUAUUGAGGAUGGACGCACACAGGUCACGUACUGUACACAAGAUCUCACCGCCAAGAAUAAGAAGGACUAUAAGAGUGUACAAGGAGACCUGUCCUACGGUCCUGGUGAGACUCAAAAGAUCAUCCCUGUUCCUUUGCUAGAGUUGAAUGAGAAAGAUGGCUUUUUGGAAGACAAACCGAUAAAGCAGUUUGUUAUGGACCUCAGCAACCCACGCCAGGGUGCCAAGCUGGGACGAUACCCAAGAACCACUGUCACCAUCACAGACCUAGCAGAACCAAGCGUGAUGAUGUUCAAGAAGAGUACCCAGAACUUCAGCACAUUAGAUCCAACCUACACCAUCCCGGUAGUGCGAUCUCGCAACGAAGACAGCCCUGCCACGGUGAAAUGGCGCACCAAGAAGGCCCAUCGCUUCGAUCUUUCUGGUCAUCUGAAGUUUGCUCCUGGAGAAACAGAAAAGUAUAUAGUGAUUGACCCUAAAGCCCACCCUGGCCCAAUCCAACAAGAAACCUUCCAGCUGGAGCUGUUUGAUCCCAGCACCAAUGCUGUUAUUGGAGAAAGGAAGAACACUGUGGUCAAUAUAACAGAAGGACUAAGAUCUCCAGAAGUAGCCCAGCUGCAGUCAAAGGGCUUUAUAAGCCCGAAGGGAAAGUCCCCUGGUGGUAACUUUCCCGCUCCAGGAAACCUUAAGGCCAAAUCAACAGGACCCAAAAACAUCCGACUGAACUGGGAUCCACCACCCGGUAACCCCCUGGGAUACAAGGUGAAGUAUUGGAUCUAUGGCGACCCUGAGAAAGAUGCCCAGGUUCUUGACGUGAAGACACCUCAAGCCGAGCUGACAAACCUGUAUCCCUACUGUGAUUACGAGAUGCGAGUUUGUGGCUACAAUGCAAUGGGAGAUGGCCAUGAUACAAACAUUGUUUCCUGUCAAACUCUGGAGGAUGUGCCUGGUGAACCCGGUCGUCUGGCCUUUAAUGUCAUCAGUCCCACUGUCACUCAGAUCAGCUGGGCAGAGCCGGCGGAGACCAACGGCAACAUUACAGCGUAUGAGGUCAUCUACACGCCCAUCGAUGAUGAAAUGAAACCAGUUGGAGCAGCUAAAAAAGUAAAGAUUGACAGCCCAAAGAAACGCAUGUUGUUGAUAGAAAACCUUCAGAACGCCCAAACUUAUCAGUACAAAGUUCGUGCCCAAAACAGCAUGGGCUGGGGACCCUUCAGAGAUGCUACCAUCAACUUAGCAUCACAGCCUGCCAGACCUCUGUCCAUUCCCAUCAUUCCAGAUGUCCCUAUUGUGGAUGCUGAGGCAGGAGAUGAAUAUGACAGCUACCUGAUGUACAGCAAUGAUGUGCUAAAGUCACCAACAAGCUCCAAGACACCAAGUGUUUCUGGUGAUGAUUACACAAUGAAUGGAAAGUGGGAACAAAACUUUCUUUUCCCAGGAGGCUCAACAACACGCAACCUUUCAGCAUCAUCCUCUCCAAUGUCCACUCUGAGCUCCAACUACAAAGGAGCAGGCGGCUCCUUUACCACAGAGACACACACCACGUACAUGUCUGGAGCUGCAGGAAGCCCUCGUAGACAGGACAUGAUUGGAGGAGUGCACACAACUGAAGUCCUCAUGAGAAAGCGCUCAGAGAACAGAGGAUACACAGAUGAAAAUAUUCGGGACUCCAUCGUCAUGGGAGAUGUUUCGAACAAGUUCUUAGAUCUGACGCCAUCAGGUGGGUUCGGCUACACUGGGGUGCACAGCAGCUCUCAGACCCAGUACAGCUACAGCCUGUCUCAGGGUUCCAGGGCCAGGACUCAGUCAUCAGAGGUCAAUGAAGCCUUAUACAGUCUGGAUAGAGUGCUCCAUGAUGCUCGACUCUCUCCUGGUGUACCAGAUACCCCCAGCAGACUUGUGUUUUCUGCUCUGGGACCAACUGCACUUAAAGUCAGUUGGCAGGAGCCACACUGUGAGAAAGACAUCCUGGGAUACUGUGUUCUCUACCAGCUGCUCAGUGGAGGUGAGAUGAAGCGCAUCAAUGUGACAAACCCAGCAGAGAACUCAGUGGUCAUCCAUGACCUGCUGCCCAACCACUCUUACCUGUUUAAGGUGAAGGCUCAGAGUCAGGAGGGCUGGGGUCCAGAACGUGAGGGAGUCAUCACCAUUGAAUCAGCUGUGGACCCUAAGAGCCCCCUCAGUCCUAUGCCAGGCUCACCAUUCACCCUGAGUACUCCCAGUGCUCCAGGCCCUCUGGUGUUCACAGCCCUGAGCCCUGACUCACUGCAACUUACCUGGGAAAAACCACGUAAGCCCAACGGAGACAUCCUUGGCUAUGUAGUCACCUGCGAACAGUUACAUAGUGGAGGUGAUAUGCGCUCCUUCAAGGUAAACGGUGACAAUGCUGAGACCAGUCUCACUGUAACCAACCUGACUGAGAAUGUUCCAUAUAAGUUCAAGGUUCAGGCUCGAACCACGCAGGGUUUUGGUCCUGAGAGGGAGGGCAUCAUCACCAUUGAGUCUCAGGAUGGAGGUGCCUUGUCUCAAUACAACACCCAGUCAGUGACGAGGAGGGAGGUUUUCCAAAUGCCAACAGAAGUCACCACAAGAACAAACGUCUCCCACACCAUGCUUAACGAUCCCUAUUUCUCAGAUGGGACGAUGAUGACUCAGCUCACAGAGACUGGCGGCAUGGUGAGCCGUCAGGUCACUAGGGAAGUGGUUCAGAGGAGCGUCAUGGGUGGAUCGACUGUCACCAAGAGAAUGUUUUAUGAGUCUUAAGAACUUGUUUAAACUGUACCCAUAAUAGCAUCCAGCUUCUGAACCAACCAGGAAGCCAAGAGACUUUCAGAGUUUGUACAUGUAUACUUGUGUGUAUAGGAUAAGAAUGUGCGGUCGGGUAAAAACUAAAAAUAAGGUCCUGAAAAAAAUUGAAGCCACCUUCCAGUCUGUUACAAACUGUGCCCAGUUUCCCUCUGGAAAUGAGCUGUACAAUUAUCCCUGUAGUUCCUCACACAACUCUCUCUAGUUUUUGUUACUUCCUGUGUGAGUAGUCCCUUUUGUGGCUCACAUCUGCAAACAUACCAGCCUUAUAAAGAAGUCAUCAUAGACCAAUAAUUUGGCCCCACAAUGACCUCCCUAUUCUCCUGGAAUGCUCCAUCUCAUGUUAACAUUAAUAUGUUUCUUAGAGGUUCAUACUUACUGUCACUGUGGAAUUUUAAAAGGCUUUUGUUUAUAAAUUAUUACAGUGUGUUAACAUUUUUUCCUCAAGGUAUAUUCAUCCUUCUGAAUUUUUUAUAUUUGCAUGUGGUCAUUUACAUCCAUACUAGCUGGUGACAAGCCUAGGGGGAGUUUAUAACACAACAGAAUCAGAAAUCAAUUGGAUGAAAAAUGUUUAUUUAAAAAAACUGCUAUUCUUUAUUACAGCUGUAGUUUUUAUGCAUGUCCUUUUUAUAUGGCUAAUUCAGCAUUUCUGGGUUCAAUAGAUUACCAUUUAAACAAGAAGACAGGAUGUGAGAGAAAGGAUGUUUGACGUUGUAUUUGCUUGUGCUGCAGGUUCUACUGUACUUUGGGAUCACAUGUUGAAAAUGCUUUUUGAAACAUAUUUUCAGAUCAUUUUCUUAGUAAAUAUUCAGGAUAUUGACAAGUUAAGCAGUUCAUCAAAGACAUUUUUCACUCAGUAUCAUUUACAUGUAAGGAGGUACAUUCUUUAGUAUUGUUUGUACAUCAGCUGUAUUGUACUUAAGAUUUAUAAUAAAACAGUCACUACUGA